AAGUGUUUAGAGGAAAUUGAACGAAGAUAUAACCAUUCAGACAAAAAAAGAUUAAAGGCAUCUUCAUUAAAGAAAUCUUUCAAGACGGGGUAUUCUGCCUGCUACCCUGGGUUUCCUUGGCGUGUUUCAAUAUGUUCUGCUAUAUUAAGCAAUGUUGUUAUUCAGACUUAUAAACUGUCGGAAUUAGCCCAAUUAGACUUAAGGCUAAAUAAAAGUACUAGAGUUAAGGCUAGUAACAGCAUUGACAUUAAGUGA